UCGGAGUUUGAGGCAGUGGGACGCUGCUUCGUUAAAAAAAUCUAGACAAAAAACGAAAUACUGUGUUCUUUUUGUUCAAUUUCUUUUAAAGUAGCCCCACUGCAACCAACGUAUUCCUUUUUCAUUUGCGACUCCCGUAGUGACGAAGUACGGAAACCAUGUGAAGUGAUAAUUGCUUGAAGUGACGUGCAUCAUUAAAUCCAAGUGCGUAAUGUGCAGUUUCUCCAGUGAACCGUAUUAAAUAAACAGCUAACAUGUUUAGAAGUAGAAGCUGGUUUGGAGGCUGGGGCCGCCCCAAAAACCCUCAUUCUCUCGAACGCUUGAAGUAUUUACACAACAUCCUAUGUAAGAAUACGACAGUGUCUGAGAGCAAUCGUGGUACCCUAGUGGAGUCUUUGAGGUGUAUAGCGGAGAUAUUGAUAUGGGGAGACCAGAAUGAUAGCUCAGUUUUUGACUUUUUCUUGGAAAAGAAUAUGCUAUCUUACUUCCUCAAGAUAAUGAGACAGAAAUGCGGAGGCUCUUCAUAUGUGUGUGUACAACUACUUCAGACGUUGAACAUACUGUUCGAAAACAUAAGAAAUGAAACAUCACUAUAUUACUUGCUGAGCAAUAACCACGUGAACUCGAUAAUCGUGCACAAGUUCGACUUCUCCGACGAAGAGGUGAUGGCGUACUACAUUUCGUUCCUCAAGACUCUCAGCUUCAAACUGAACAGCCACACGAUACAUUUCUUUUAUAAUGAGCACACAAAAGACUUCCCUCUAUACACGGAGGCGAUAAAAUUCUUCAACCACUCAGAGUCCAUGGUGAGGAUUGCGGUACGGACGCUGACUCUCAACGUGUAUAGAGUGCAAGAUGCGAGCAUGCUGCGAUUCAUUAGAGACAGGACGGCAGCGCCAUACUUCAGUAACCUAGUUUGGUUUAUCGGCAAACACAUAUUGGAGCUGGACGCGUGCGUGCGAAAUGACUCGGAUUAUCUUUGUCAAUUUCGUCUUAAAGAUAUUUUAUUAAAUUACAGUCCGCUCAAUUAGUUCAUCAUUAAACAGCUACACUACAUCAACGACAUCCUCUGUCUCAACAUUCCUGACCUCAACGAUGUGUUAACCGAACAUCUCUUGCACAAACUCCUUGUUCCCCUCUACAUAUACUCUUUGACCUCUGACUCUGUGAAACGUCCGAUGUCUCGCCAAAACUCAUCGCCGUACAACAGAGAUAACUUGCAGACUAUAGAAGUUAUCACAAGGAAUUUAGAGGCGAUCCUUAAAGGCAAAAGCUCUGAUAUGUCACCAUCUAGAGUGUCUUUUAAUAGACAAAGAAUGGAAUCAGAUGAUGAAGUAAAACCAUCUGUCUCCUGUGUAGUAUCCCUAUUUCUACUAUCCCAAGUAUUUUUAAUAAUCACACAUGGUCCUAUAGUACACGCGCUAGCAUGGAUAAUAUUACAGUCAGAUUUAUCAGUAUUCGAAGAUGGAGCUACUAAGAUAUUAGAAAUGUAUAUAAGUAACGCUAAAUCUAGCGUUAAGUUAGAGUUUUCUAAGCCGCAACUAAGUUUAGAGAAGGCCUUAGAAAGUUCGGGACAAGAGAGAGACUAUACGACUCCAGAAUACAGUGGUCCCAAGCUAUUUGGUUAUGAUACGGAUCAGUCGAGUUGUGAUUUAGAUCCCGAAUUAGUGUCCACUUCGUUACCGUCCACUUCGCAUAUAAGUGAGUCUUCUAGCGUGGCCCACGACUCAACAGAAGAUCUGGUUACUCAGAUAGCUUCGAAAUCUUCCAGCGCUGUGACUUUAGCUAAGCAGAAUAUGCCUGAUUCGCCUUUACCUGACUCUGGUAUUGAGUCGAGCUCUUCAAAGUCAGGUCCUGAACUGAAUAAUAUAACUGACGAAGAAAAACAAAAGCUACUUGGUGUCCCACCCAGUUCCCCUGCGUUACCAUCGACGUCGAUGGAAAAUAUACUAAUAAGAGAAAAUAGAGAGAUUGAGACAAGGCCGUUUUUGAAGACGAUUCUAGAUUCUUUGGACUGUAGUGAGAAUGACUAUAAGGCGCUUUUUGCGCUAUGCUUGCUGUUUGCGUUGAUAAAUAAUAAAGGCGUAAACACGGAACUCCUUGACACGCUACUAUGCCCAGAACAGAACGAAAAUUCAAAUCCAACGGCUACUCCAAGCGAACAGUCCGUAGAGACACAAGAUGGCGCCACCUCCACUCCGUCCAAACGACCAGUGCAGAGCUACAAUGCGUUACUCAUAUCCAAGCUCACGGCUAUCGUGGCACAGAGCUGUAAACCAACAUCAAAAGUCCGUCUAGUGACGCUAGAGUUGAGCGUGACGCUGGUGGGCAUAGCCAUGCUGGGCGCCGGCGGCGCGGCGGGCGCGCGGCACGUGGCCGCCGCGGACAGUCUGCGGGCGCGCGCGGCGGCGCUGGCAAGGAACUUCUACAAGUGCGACGACAUCUUCCUAGACAUGUUUGAGGACGAGUACUGUGAGAUGAGUAAGCGACCCUUAAACGUGGAAUGGCUUUGCAUGGAUGCUGCCAUUCUCCUGCCACCAACUCGCACGCCUAUGAGCGGUAUCGCGUUUGCCAAGCGAUUACCCAGCGGAGAGAUGGAACGAGCAAGACGCGCCAUUCGAAUUUUCCUCAUACGGGACCUGUAUUUGAAGUUGACUGGCAAACCAGAGACGCAACUGCCACUGGCCAACCCCGCGCCUUUCGUUCAAGUCGGUGACGUCUUAGAUCUUAAUGACUCCGACCUAAUAUCGUGCGAUAUAAUCCAGAAGGACGGCACGUGGCACCACAGGUUCCUGGCCGUGGACAACAUACAGAUUAUACUAGUGGAGCCCGACAAGCAGCGGCUUGGCUGGGGCGUGGCCAAGCUGGUCGGCAGCUUGCAGGACUUAGAAAUACAAGGCGAUAAAGAAGACCCUCGUUGUCUACACCUCACCAUCCACAAACCACGUGUAGGGGCCAGCGGAGCUCUGCCCCGAACCGUGUUACUACGAGCCAAGUUCAAGUUCGACGACCAUAUACGAAGUAUGGCCGCUAAACAGAGGCUCACCAAGGGCCGCACCAAAUCCCGUCAAAAGAAGAUGCAGCAAAUCGGUCGACUGUUAGAAGUGGCCGGGAUGGCUGGCGCGCCAACCCUCGCGCCCCGUCACCGCCCGCUGUUCGCUCGCCCCGGAGUCACCACUGUGCGUCGACACGGCAGUGCAGACGGGGACGAUAUAGAGCGUCGACUUCGCAGACCCAGUGGGCAUAUGUUGAAAGACGGCAUUGUCGUUUACCGCGAAAGAACCACCAGUCGAGAAAGUAGUAUAUCGCGUGGCAGCAGCGGCCACGCGUCCCGCGACGGUUCGCCGCGCUCCCGAUCCGAAGAGAUACCUCUUGAGGACAUCAGGAGGAACGCGGUAGUCACCACCGCCCCCGCUACCGUCUCUAUGCAGACUCAACCAACCACGUCUCAAGUCCAGAAGCCGCAGGUUUCCUCCGAAGAGACAUCCUUUAUAUCGGGCGAGCCGCGACCCAAACGCAAGGGGAUCGUCGAAACCAUUUGAUAUUAACCUAAAUUGAGGUACGGUUACAACUGAGAGGAGCUAGGGGUCAAAUUAUUUGUGGUUUUCCUAAUAUCCAUAGACCCAGCAGCAUUUGGUUGUUUGGUUGUUUUUGAAUUUCACUCUCAAAGUCGUCCAUCAUUACACUUUUGAUAUUCUAAGGGCCACUUGCAUCAAUGAAAAUGGAGGCUUAACCCGAGGGUUAACCCACCAUUUUAUAUGGAAUUCGACAGAUGACAGCUCACUAACCCUGAGUUAAGUGGUUGGUGCAAGUAGGCCUAAGACAAAUAUGCAUAUAUCAUAAUUAAAUGAAAACGAUCAAUGCUUCAAAGUUUGCCAUGCAAAUGACUUUUCAUUUUGACAGAAAGACCACAUAUUGAUAGAGUUAUGUGCAUUCGAUCGUUUCCUUAAAUAAUAUCCAACUUGGCGUUUCAUACGUUACUGUCGUGGAAAGUGAAUUUUCAUCUUAAAUUAAACGUAUAAGCACUCAUAUUAUAACAAUUUCAUCUUCAUAGAAAAUUCAAUUAAUAUUCAUGGA